AGUCAGCGCCGCUGCAGAGCUGCAGGUCAGUAAUCUCUGGUGAUAAUCAAUGAAUAAUUCUCUCCCUUAAAAGGUCCCGCAACGAAUAAAGCCGACAGCGGUUUAAGAUUGUUUUUGUUUUUUUGUUAACAUCUGGAAAUUUGAAAUAUUGGCUGCAUGAAUCAUGGAUCAGUUUCGGGAAUUAUUUAUCAAACUGGACCAAAACAAGGAUGGACUCGUAUCUGUGGCAGAGCUCCACGACGAAAUGAGGAAGCAUGGGAUCCUUUCAGCUGAUGGCAAAGUCCAGAAUAUCAUUGAUUCUUAUGACAGAGACAAAGAUGGCCUGCUGGAUUAUCAAGAGUUUCUCAGCUACAUGAUGGACAGAGAGAGGAAAUGGAAAAUUCACUUUCAUGACCUUGAUAAAAACAAGUGUGGAGUCAUUGACCAGGAGGACAUCAUAUGUUUGUUUAAGGAGUUAGGAGUGGUCAUUUCAAAGCCGAAUGCAAAAAAAAUUAUACAAAUGAUGGAUAAGGACAGCUCGAUGACAGUGGAUUGGGGUGAAUUCCUGCACCACAUCAUCCUCAACCCUGUGGAUAACAUCGGGGAGCUGGUGUCCUCAUGGAAACACAGUCUGGUUUUUGACGUCGGGGAGAGCCGUGGGAUGCCCAUCGAGUUCCCCGAAGAGGCAUCUGGCUCUAGUGCUUGGAGGACUUUUGUUUUGUCAGCAGGACUGGCCGAUGCUGUGUCCCGGACCAUGACGGCACCCAUAGACCGCCUUAAAACCCAACUUCAGGUUCAAGGAUCCAAGGCCUUUUCCCAAGGUUUUCAGGAGAUGAGAGGAGGUGGUCUGCGGUCGAUGUGGCAAGGCAACGCAGUCAACGUGCUGAAAGGAACGCCGCAGUCGACGCUUCAGUGUCUUAUCUAUGCCCAGAUGAAGGUCUACAUCCAAAACAGGACCCAGGAGACUCUGACAGUGCAGCAGCGUUUUGGGUUGGGCUGCAUCUCUGGAGCUGUGGCUCAUGCUGUCUUCUACCCCUUAGAGGUGCUGAAGGUGAGGCUGAACCUGCAGCAAGCUGGCACUUACCAUGGCGUUGCAGCAUGUGCCCAAUCCAUUUAUAGAAACGAGUCUUUGUCUUCCUUUUACAGAGGAUUCAAGCCCAGCAUCCUCUGUAUGAUCCCCUACGCAGGUGUAGAGUGUGCUGUUCAUCAGUCAAUCAUGAGCUGGGCAAAGAGCGAUCCCGUGUACAACAGUGACUCCAAACUGUUUUUCUUCAGCUUUGUGGCUUUUGCGUCUGGACAAAUCACCAGUUACCCACUGGCUGUGAUCCGAACUCAGCAGCAAGCGCAGGCUUUCAGCUCAGAUUCACGGCCAGCAUCGGGUGUAUUACCAGGACUGAUUGGGAUAUAUGAAAGAUAUGGAAUUAGAGGAUAUUAUAAUGGCAUGGGAGCCAGCUUUGUCAGGGCGAUUCCAUGUGCCUUAAUGAACUACACUCUGACUAGAAAAUUUGAAAAUGUGUUUUCCUCCAUGGAGUCUUGAAUAAAUUAGAGAAAAACAAACAAACAAACAAAAGCUGUGAGUUUUAUUCUUGUUAAUUAUCCAAAAAUAACUGUUAAUAAGUUCUGCUUAAGUUGCAGGAUUUGUUUUAUUAUAUUUUCUGCUGACAAUGAGCAUGAAACCAUCAUCUGACUGACUUCAAAUAUGUAGUAACCAACAGUAAUAACUGGCUACUUGAGAUGCCCUUUGCAAAUAAGAAAAUGUUUUGUUGU